GACACUACUACUAAGUACCUGAGAUUCGCAUGGGACUAUACACUAUAUACACGUGACCGUGGCUGUACUGUCCCGAGGGGUGCCCGAUGGACCCCUGAAGGUCAGCCUCUGGUUCAGAGUAUCGUAACAUUUUUAGCGAGGCAUAGUAAGGGUUUCGAAAGCGCGGUGGACCUUUUUGCCUAG